AUGUCCGGCGGCGACGAGGGGAAGACCGCGGACGAGCAGAACGCCGGACGGGGGGUUGUAACAGGACCGGGACGGUGGAGAGGAGGAGGAGGAGGAGGUGUAGCGACGACCUCAAAGGUAAACCUGGUGGAUUUGGCCGGGAGUGAAAAGAGCGCGACCGGGGCGACAGGCGCGGACGCGGUGCUUCACCGCGAGGGUCGCUUCAUCAACAAAUCCCUCACGUUUCUGGAGCAGGUCACAAUGGCGUUGGCGGACCAGACGAGGGAGCACGUGCCGUUCCGAAGCUCGAAGCUGACUCACUUCUUGAAGGUGCACGAGGCCGCCCGCCCACUAGCGUGGAAACUGCCAGACCCUCAUGGUCGCGUGUAUUUGGCCGCGCCCGGACCUGUUGAAGCAAAGCCUCGCCACCUUGAAGUUUGCCGCUCGCAUGCGCUGUGUGAAGAACUCCCCGAUCGUGAACGAGCGGUCCUGGUCCGCCGACGACGAGAUAGCGAGGUGGAUCUGCUCGAGACACAGCUGGCCGCGCAGCAAGCCGGCGGAGGCGGCGGUCGAGCAGGGUGCGAAUCCCCAGCUGACGCCGGCGAUGCCCCGCAACACGACCGUCGUCGUCGUCGUGUCUGGGAGGAAGCCGGCCGGUUCGUUCUGGAGGGAAGCAGCAACUACAACUGCGGCGGCCGCCAAGCGACCGCCGAGGCGACGGGGUGGCGGCGGCGGGGAAAAAGCAACAGCGGGUUGCAGGCAACGGCGGCAUGUGGCAGUCGGGAGGAGGGCGACGGGCGCCUAAGCGACAGCCUGCCGCCGGCGCCGUCGGAGGAGGGAGAUGAGGAGGAGGGGGAGGAAGAGGAAGAAGAGGAGAUGGCGGAGGGUGAAGCUGGAGAUGACGCCGGGCAUCGCGGACGGAGCAACAACAUGGCCGAAGCGAAGACAGUGAGCGCCGGCGAACAACAGGAAAGGAAAGGACGUGUCGCGAGCGGGAGAGGGCGCCGUGUUAUUUCGUCCCCAUUCUUGAGAGCGCACAGCAACGACGCUCGCCGCCAGCUGCGCUCCUUGCGCGCAGCCGGGUACGCGGGCGACUUUGUCCGAGCUCUCCGAGAGCUCGUCUGGGAGGCGGCGGCGGCGGCGGCGAGCACGGCGGCAGCGUCGACCUCCGCAGCGGCACACGAUAGCAAAUACGGCGGUAGGAGUGGCAAUGAGUUGACCGCGCUAGCCGUCGAUCCGGGGACUGUACCAAUGCAACAGGGCGGAGGCAACUUGGCAAUAGCCGCCGCCGUGAGAUCCGCCGUCGAUGCCGUGGUGGGGCGUAGCAGCAGCAGCAUCGACAGCCCGGAAUCAUCGCGGGGAGGGUCGCGUCAGGAAGACGAUCGGCGAGAAAGAACAAGGCGCCAAGAAGGAGAUCGACUCCCUUUCAUUGUCUCUCGGAGUGAUCCGUCCACGGACACCUGGAUCGUCGCAGCAGCGGGGGGAGCGAGCUGUAGUGAGGAGUUUGGGAGGGACGGCGAUGGCAAUGGGCCUGACGGCAGCCGAGCGAGCGAGCGGCUCACGGGAGGCACUAGUUUGUCGAGCAAGAGCGGUAGGGCCGGCGGUGGGUCAGCAGCACAAAAGGCGGACAACAAGGUGGGCGGUGCGUCGCGCCGCCGUUCCGUGCCCGAUUAUGGCGGGGACGCCGACGGGUCGAACUCCGAAUCCACCGCUGUCGCCGAGGACGAUUGGACGGGAGUGACAGACGCACACGGGACGGGGGGCGAGAGCGAAGAGACUCGUCGUCGUCGUCGUCGUCGUCGUCGUCACCAUUUGGGCGGAGCGUUCGAGCUGUUCAAGAUUGGCGAGGGGAAACAAAGCAAUUCCCGUCUUCAGGACGCAAAAGCGGCUGUACAGCGCGUCCGCUUGCGGGCAAGCGAUCUCACGGGCCGCGUUAACGACGCCAAGGGGAGGAUUGAUGUCGCAAGGGCCCAGCUGCAGCAGCACCAGCAGCGGAAAGGGAGCCAAGGAGACGGAGAAAAGUGCGAGGAGGAGAAGGAGCGGGAAGAGCACAUCAGCAGUUCUACGCUCGCGCUGAUGGCACAGCUCAAGAGUCGAAAAAGGGAGUACCGCGUCUUGUUCGAGAAGCUUGCAGGUGCUAGGGCUGAACUCCGAAAAUUGCGACAGGAUAAACAGAAGGUGAUAGCCAAGCAUCCAUCAGUGGAUGCAUCCGUAUAUCGACCGGAAGAAAUACCUUAA